GGCUGCAGGGCGAACCUGGGCGUCCGAGCGCCGCGGUCGCGCGAUGACCACGUGGACCCUCCGGCGGAGGCCGGGCCGCACCCUUGGAUUUCUGCUGCUGGUGGUCUUGAGCUUCCUGGUGCUCCGCAGGUUGGAUUGGAGCACUCUGAUCCCCCUAUGGCUUCGCCACCGGAAGCUGGGUCUUCAGGCAAAAGGCCAAAACUUUAUGCUGGAGGAUUCCAUCUUCUGGAUCUUUGGGGGCUCUAUACAUUAUUUCCGUGUGCCUAAGGAAUACUGGAGGGACCGCUUGUUGAAGAUGAAAGCCUGUGGCUUGAAUACCCUUACCACCUAUGUCCCAUGGAACCUCCAUGAGCCAGAAAGAGGCAAAUUCGACUUCUCUGGGAAUCUGGACCUGGAGGCCUUUGUUCUGCUGGCUGCUGAGAUUGGGCUGUGGGUGAUUCUGCGGCCCGGACCCUACAUAUGCAGUGAGGUUGACCUCGGGGGCUUGCCCAGCUGGCUCCUCCAAGAUUCUGGCAUGAAGCUGAGAACAACUUACAAGGGCUUCACGGAAGCAGUGGACCUUUACUUUGACCACUUGAUGUCCAGGGUAGUACCACUACAGUAUAAGCACGGGGGCCCCGUCAUUGCUGUGCAAGUGGAGAAUGAAUAUGGUUCCUAUAACAAAGAUCCUGCUUACAUGCCUUACAUCAAGAAGGCUUUGGAAGACCGCGGUAUAAUAGAGCUGCUCCUGACAUCAGACAACAAAGAUGGCUUGCAAAAGGGAGUGGUUCAUGGAGUGCUGGCCACCAUCAACUUACAGUCACAACAAGAGCUUCAAUUACUAAGCACCUUUCUCUUUAGUGUACAGGGGAUUCAACCCAAGAUGGUGAUGGAAUAUUGGACAGGGUGGUUUGACUCAUGGGGUGGCCCACACAAUAUCUUGGAUUCCUCUGAGGUUUUGGAAACAGUGUCUGCCAUCAUCGAUUCUGGCUCUUCUAUCAACCUGUAUAUGUUCCAUGGAGGCACCAAUUUUGGCUUCAUUAACGGAGCCAUGCAUUUUCAUGAAUAUAAGUCUGAUGUCACCAGCUAUGACUAUGAUGCUGUGUUAACAGAGGCUGGGGAUUAUACUGCCAAGUAUUCCAAGCUUCGAGACUUCUUUGGCUCAGUCUCAGGUAUCCCUCUUCCUCCCCCACCAGAUCUUCUUCCCAAGAUGUCCUAUGAGCCAGUGACACCAUCUUACUACCUGUCACUGUGGGAUGCCCUUAAGUACAUGGAGGAGCCAAUCAAGUCUGAAAAGCCAAUCAACAUGGAGAACUUGCCAGUGAACAAUGGGAAUGGACAGGCUUUUGGGUAUAUUCUGUAUGAGACAACCAUCUCCUCAUCUGGCAUUCUCAGUGGCCUUGUGUGUGACCGGGGGCAGGUAUUUGUGAACUCAGUAUCCAUAGGAUUCUUAGACUAUCAAACUAUGAAGAUCAUUAUCCCCCGGAUCCAGGGUUAUACUGUGCUGAGAAUCUUGGUGGAGAAUCGGGGGCGAGUCAACUAUGGGAAUAAUAUUGACAACCAACGCAAAGGUUUAAUUGGAAAUCUCUAUCUGGAUAAUUCUCCUCUGAAAAACUUUAGGAUCUACAGUCUGGAUAUGAAAAAGAGCUUCUUUCAGAGGUUUGAUAUGGACAAGUGGAGUACUGUUCCUGAAGCUCCAGCCUUCCCUGCGUUCUUCCUGGGUGGCCUGUCAGUUGGUCUUUCCCCCGCUGACACAUUUUUGAAGCUUGAGGGCUGGGAGAAGGGGGUUGUAUUCAUCAAUGGCCAAAACCUUGGACGCUACUGGAACAUUGGACCUCAGGAGACCCUCUAUCUCCCAGGUGCCUGGCUGGACAAAGGAAUAAACCAGGUCAUCAUUUUUGAGGAAACAAUGGCAGGUCCUCUGGUACAGUCCACUGACAUCCCACACCUGGGCAGGAACCAGUACAUUAACUGAACAGCGGCCCCAGUAGCACUUGCUGGUGGGUGGUUCCCUUCCUCGAACCUUCCCUACAGAAGUAUCUCCUUAAGCAGCAGCCUUGGGGAACCAAAGCCUAUGGUCAACCAUGUGACUCAGUUUAAAAUCUAAACCUGGAGGACUUAAGAGAAGGUGGGAUAGCUCUAGGCUAGGGUCUCCUCAUAAAUAGAUGGUGCUUCAUCUAGCUUUGUGGAUGGUGCCCUUUUUUGCUUCCUUUAUCUUUCUAGGGAGUCCCAAAGGAUGUCUUGAUGCUGGGGGUUGGGGUAUAUAGUCAGAUCAUGUUCCGAGAAGAUGUUCAAGUUGGGUGGGUUCUGCUCCAGAAGUCAAAUCCCCACUGGUAGGCCUGUUGAGCACAAUAUUUUCUUUGAAUGUGGUGGGGCAUGAACACAUCCUCCACAGUCUCUGUGCUCCUGAACUGUUUGUAGAGGGUAGAGAAGGGGAGUCUCACUUGACUCUUUAUUUUCUCUUUACCACCUUUCCCAAGCUACCUCUGGGAUUCCAGAAGAAAGUGUGAGAGAUGGUUUUCCUUCCCAAUCCCUCAUGGUUUCUGAUGGGAUGAAAAGAAGCAGGCAUACUUAGCCACUUACCUUCCCGGGAUAGAGAACAUUUGUUGUUGUACUCAGCAAGGACUGUCACCAGGGGAAGAGAUGGGGAUCCCAGCAGAAACCACACUAGAUAUUCAUGCUCUCAGGAAGGGAAGGGCCCAGCUUAAGUGGCACUGGGCAGGAAUCUCCCCACCUCUAGUGGAGUUUGGAAGUAGCCACAAGGCUCACAGGCCUAGCCCCACCCAGACUCUCUGAAUACCACCCUAUCCCAGUGACCAAGCAGCAGGGAAGAUAGCCUUCCACCAUGUUAUCUCAACAUUCAAAUUGGAGGCUUUUAUUCUAGAGGUCAAGUGCAAUAGUUGGUUCAGGUUUGCCAUCCUGAAUUACAAUAAAGCAAUAGACUUGAAUCAAA